AUCAGAGCCGGAGCUGCCGGCCGGAUUCUGGUUCUGAUCGUGGAGUUAAAGGAACCUGAAGAAGGAUGGAAGGUUCUGGGAUGGUUCUGCUGCUGGUGCCGGUCCUGCUCGUUUCCCAGCAUGCCGCAGGGCUCCAGGUGGAGGUGUUUGAGGGGGAGGAGUCUGUCCUGCUGCCCUGUUGGGUACCGGUUAACGUGUCCAGAGGUUCCACGUCAGUUUGGGAUCGAGACGACUUCCGGAUCCCCACAGUCCAUGUCCGUGAGCCAGAUGGUGAUUAUCUGAAGGACCAGAACCAGCGCUACGCUGGUCGGACAUCAAUGAUGGAGGACGCACUGCAGACCGGAGACCUCAGCCUGACCCUGAGCAGACCCACCUUCACCGACAGCGGAACCUUCACUUGCACCGUCCGCCGGUUGGGAGAAGAUCUGCACAGUGUAAAUGUGGACCUGCAGGUCAAAGAACCUCCAUCAAGCUGGCCCUGGGUUCUGUUGGGGCUGGUGGUUCUCCUGAUUCUCCUGGUUGUUCCAGCUGUUAUUUGGUACCGCCUACGGAAAAAGAAGCUCACUGCAGUGGUUCCACCUGAGACCGUGGAGAUCCGAGAGGGGGUGAAGUCUGUUCUGCUGCCCUUUAAAACCAGCAGAGGUCUCCCCCAGGACGUCAAAGUGGAGUGGACCCGUCUGGACCCGUCUCGAGGGAACAUCACAAUCCAUGUGUUUGAGAACGGCCGGUCUGAACACCAGGAGAACAUUCCUGAAGGCCAAACCAAGAUGAAAGCAGACCUGCUGAGUAGCGGAGACCUCAGUCUGACUCUGAGGACCCCCCAGCUGAAGGACAGUGGGGACUACCAGUGUGUUGUCUCCAGAGGAGGAGACCUGCUGAGGAAGACUGUGACCCUCAAGGUCAAAGAGAGCCUGAUGGAGGAGGUGGAGGUCGCAGACAGAGAAGAGAACGUCCGGCUGCCCUUUAAUACGGCAGCUCACCUGCCCCAAGAUGCCAAAGUGGUGUGGAAGCGCACUGACAGAACCGGCACUGUGUACGAGUUCCAGAACGGUCAGAACCAGUCAGACGGACAGAACCCUGAGUAUCGGGACCGGACAGAGAUGAAUCCUGAUGCUCUGGGGACACGAGACCUCACCCUCACCCUGAAAGAUCCCAGCCAGAGAGACAGCGGCGUCUUCAUCUGUACCGUCUACAGCACCGACGGGAAAAUACUGGGACGGAAAGUAGUGACGCUCACCGUGAAAGUCUACAAGGUGGAAAAGGUCUCUGUGGAGGAGGGGACACGGUCGGUUGUUCUGCCGUUUAGGACAGCGCCUCGCCUGCUGUCUGGGAAAGUCACCGUGGAGUGGAGACUGGCAGACGUAGACGACAUGAUGCUCUACACUUAUGACAGAGGCCAUCACAGACCAACACAGGACCAGACUUAUGGAGGCCACACCAAGAUGAAUGAAGAUCUAUUAACAACUGGAGACCUCAGUCUGACCCUCAGUGACCUCCGUCUGACUCAGAGCGUUUAUACGUGCAGCAUCCACAAUGAGGGUGAAGAGAUCCUGCAGCAGAAGGUGGUGGUGCUCAUAGUCAGAGCUUUACAGGUAGAGGUGGUGGAGGUGACAAAGGGGGAACCAUCUGUGUCACUUCCUUUUAAAAUCCCUCUUCCUGUGGACGAGGACAUCAAGGUGGAGUGGACCCACCCUGGCUCCAGACAGCCUGAGGUCAUCACCUUUGAGAACGGAGAGGUUCAGGUGUCCAAAUGGAACCGGGUUUACCGCCGUCGCACAAAGAUGGAUGGAGACCUGCUGAGAACCGGAGACCUCAGCUUGGUUCUGAAGCGUCCCUGUGUCGCUGACAACGGCCUCUACAAAUGCAUGGUCUACAAGAGCCAGGAGGUCCAGCAGCAGAAGAUGGUGACGCUCAGUGUUAGAGAACAUAUGGAGAGCAGCUUCAAUGAUCGAAUCCCGUCAUUCAAGAGGAGAAGAACAGCGAGCGGUUCACCUCAUGAGCACAGUCUGCUGGCCUAGGGUUUGGACUCAUCAAUUAACCAGGACUGAUCUCUGGAUGAACCUCUGAAGCCCUGGGCCCCGAGUAGAGCUGCAAGUGACUUUAGAAAAAACAGCCCAAAGUGGCCAAUAACAAGCAGACUAUGCAACUCUGAUUAGGAUCAGGAUGACGUGACGUUAUAAAUCUGGGCUGAUUCUGUGAGACAUUGGUUUGGUUCUGGAGAACCCAUAAAUCUUCAUUGUAGGGUCCAGUGAAACUGAAAGUUGCCGUUGACUUACUGAUUAGUUAAAGAAUAGAAACUAAACAUAGAUCUACAAUGAAUGUAGACGUGUCAGUUGUUCUGUCUCCACUCCUCUGGUGGACCUGAGUCCUUCCACCCUGUGGGAACCACAGAACGCUGCCAUCUAGCAGCUGUUUCUAACUGUGUGGUAUGGGACCUGCACAGUCCAGGAGAGGAAGGACCUAGCAGUGGUGGUGAGGACAGAGCAGGGGAUUGUGGGAUGCCGUCUGCAGGAUCUAGACUUA